AUGCUCUCUUUUGGAAAACUCGCUCUGCUCCUCCUUGCCGUCAGCUUGCAGGAGGCUGCGGCUUCCCUCUCAUCGGGCUGCGGCAAGGUUUCAGGCACCAGCAGUGGCACCAAGUCCAUGACAGUGAACGGCAAGACGCGGCAGUACAUCCUGCAGCUUCCGGCAAACUACAAUGCCACCACCGGUUACAAGCUCAUUUUUGGCUACCACUGGCGUGAUGGAACGAUGAACAAUGUUGCUCCCGGCUACUAUGGCCUUCGGGAUUUGGCACGGGAGACGGCUAUCUUUGUCGCGCCACAGGGCCUGAACAACGGCUGGGCGAAUAACGGAGGAGAAGACCUGACAUUCACCGAUCAGAUGCUCGAUUAUAUCACGUCCAACGCCUGUGUCGAUAAGGACCAGAUCUUUUCCACAGGAUGGAGUUAUGGAGGUGCCAUGACCUUCGAGCUGGCAUGCUCCCGCCCAAAUGUCUUCAAAGCCGUGGCCGUCAUCGCUGGGGCUCAGCUCAGUGGAUGCGACGGCGGUACCACGCCAAUCCCGUAUCUCGGCAUCCAUGGAGUGGUCGACAGCGUUCUCCCCAUCAGUCUAGGCCGAGGUCUGCGCGACAGGUUUCUUCAGCUCAACGGCUGCGCUUCAAAGAACGCCCCCGAGCCUGCUGGCGGCUCUGGUACGCAUAUCAAGUCAACGUACGACUGCAGACCCGGUUACCCGGUCUGGUGGAUUGCUCAUUCCGGUGAUCACGUCCCAGACCCCAAGGACGCCGGCCAGAGGGUUGAAAGGGCAGAGCGGCAGCAGCAGCAGCAGCGUAUCAACGACAUUGACUAUCACAACCUCCUCCACCACUCCGACAACAACAGCAGGUGGUGGUAG